AUGACGAAUUGUCAAUCCUCCUUCGACCACCUCAGACGGUUGGGUCUCAGCAGCACCAUCAGAUACUCGAGAAGGUGCAUUCAGCCUGUAUUUCCAGAUUCUAUAAACAGAGAUGUGGUCGCAAACAUCAGUUUCCCUCUGAUCAGAACCACGAAGACCCUGAACCUGAGUGAUGAGUGUCCCCUGGAGAUUGGUGAGUUGUCUUGCGACGAUCCUAUUGAGCUGCCGGUGCCGUCACCAGACCCAAGAAGCAAAGGACAAUACACACAUCUCGUCUUUGGGGUGGCAACCACCUACUCCCGCCUACGAGACUCGAGAUCUACAAUUACGCAUUGGCUCGCCGACUCGGGCGCCAUCCUGAUCUGCCUCCUCACCGACAACAUCCAGGACCUACUCGGUCUCAACUUGUCCGCCCUCGAGGACGAGUAUGCCUCCUCUGGGGUGGCCCUUAAGCUGGUCUACAAACACAACGAGCACCACACUACCGAGCAGUCGCACAUGCUCCUCGUCCGCGACAUGCUCGCGGCCGCCCCGGCCGCCCACUGGCUCGGAAUCCUCGACGACGAUACUUUCUUUCCCUCCCUCCACGCCAUGGCGACCAUCCUUGCCGCGCAUGACCACACGAAGCCCAAGUACCUCGGUCAGCUCACGGAGCACGCCCAGCUCCUACCCCAGGGGAUCCUCGGUGCGUUCGGCGGCGCGGGCAUUUUCCUCUCGCUCGCCCUCGCGCACGAGCUGGAGCCGCACCUUGAUGAGUGCCUCAGCGACCGGGGCGGAGACAUGCAGAUCAUGGACUGCGUGCACGCCCACAGCACGGCUCGGCUCACGCGCGUGGACGGCUUGUGGCAGGCCGACCUCAUUGGAGACUCGGCGGGCUUCUACGAGAGUGGGCGGCGUGUGCUGAGCAUGCACCACUGGAAGAGCUGGAAUUGGCUGCCCGUCGCCGAGAUGGCCGCCGUGACGCGGGUGUGUGGCGACUGCUUCCUAGAGCGCUUUGUCUUUGGCAGUGGUGGGGACCAGAACAAGCCUACCACCGUCCUGAACAAUGGCUACUCGAUCAAUGUGUACGAUGGCAGCAUGGGACUGCCAGAUCUGAGCAGGACCGAGCAGACGUGGGACGACUGGGAUGGCAAAGAUGCGUGGAAGGACUACGAAUGGAGCCUGGGCCCGCUAAGGCCCAAGGUCGACAAGAGUAUGAAGAAGUCAUACUGGCUCGCGGCGGCCUGGGAGGACGGGAAGACAGGUGCGCUGGUACAGGUCUAUCUGCAUCGCGAGGGAGAGGAUGGGGGAGAUGAUGAGGUGGUUGCGUUGGUUUGGCAGUCUUCGUAG